AUGAUGCAAGCCAAGAAGAUCAAGUACGACGUCAUCGGACUGACCGAGACGAGGCGACGCCACCCACUGAACGCCGUGUAUGACACUGGAGAAGAACUGUUCUUAGGAAGAUGCGACAGUAGAGAAGUUGCUCCAACAUCAAACUACGAAGAAGAAGAUGUCGAAGCUUUCUAUGAGGACCUGGGGAAGUUCCACAGAGAAGAUCAUACUUUCUGCAAGGUAAUAAUUGGUGAUUUCAAAGCCGAAAUUGGCCCAAGAAGACCGCCUGAAGAACAUCACAUCAUAACCCACGGCAUACAAUGGAAUGAACAAAGGGAGAGGCUCUCCGAGUUCAUCAUGACGUCUAAGACCAUCCAUGGGAAUUUGCAAUUCCAGAAGCCCUCCUCUUUACAUGGACGUGGUAGUCUCCCGAUAGAGGGUAUCAUAAUGAAAUUGGCCACAUCAUCGUCAGUAAAAGGAAGAUUUUCUUUUACACCGAGAGGAGAAAAAGCCGCGAAGUUCACUAAGCGAACUCCCAGAACCAUCAUCGACUGGGAGCUCUUCGCUUCGGUUGUCGGUUUUUGGGAAGAUACCGUCAUGAACAACAUUGACGACGAAUAUGAACGGUUUGUAGAACAUCUUUACGACUCUACGAGGAAAGCGAAGAGUUUCAAAACCACCAAGAGACGCCAGCCUCCGAAAACUCUGAAGCUGAUACCUCAGCGUGGAGCUGCACGAGCUGCAGGCAACCAAGAACUCACAUACGAACUCGCAUGGCUUUGCAGAGAGGCGUUAAAGGAAGAGCUCAAACAGAGAAGAGCAGAAGUGCUGGAUGAAGCUGCAGAGGUGGGACAGAUCAUUCGCUAUGCCCGUCAGAACUUCGCUAAUCAUCUCUUCGACAGCCACGUCCACUUUCCUCCUCGCCAUUUGAGCGAAGAUGGACAUGUCAUUCCAAAAGUCCUCCCUUCCAAAGUCCGACAUGCCAUCAUGUCGGUGAAGAAUCUUGCUUCACCCGGUCCCGACAGAAUCAAGUCUGAACAUCUGAAGUACCUACCGCCAGUCCUCAUCACACUAGAGAGGCUCCUCACUCGUUAUCUGACGGAAUGCAAGGUUCCUAAACAGUGGAAGACCAGCAAGACCGUGUUGUGGUAUAAAAAGGGUGAUCCACAUGAAAUCGGCAGCUAUCGUCCAAUCUGCUUGUUGCUUCUACGAGCAGAUUGGACGAUACAAUCUACAAGCUCUUCACAAGACAACUCCACAACCAAAAUUUCCCCACUCUACAAUGAUGUCGUAAUCUACGUGAAGAAAGGGGUUCGUCAGAGUGACACAAUUUCACCCAAAAUAUUCUGUGCCAUUCUCGAGAACGCGGUACGAGGAUUGGAAUGGGAUGACAUGGGAGUGAAAGUUGACGGCCGGCAUUUACACCAUCUUCGUUUCGCUGAUGACAUCGUUCUUAUAACAUCAAAUAUCAAUCAGGCGGAACAGAUGCUGGUCGAAAUUGAUGAAACGUGUAGAAAGAUCGGUCUUCAGCUGAACCUAGACAAGACGAUGUGUAUGAGGAACUUAUGGGUUCCUGGGUUCCUGAUACCCCAUUCAUGUCCAAUUGAACGAACAUAUCCGAACGCUGCAGCUAUAUAUAACGUUUUAUAUAUAACGUUAUAUAUGGCGUUUCGCAAGCAGGAGAAAAAUGCGAUCAGCGUCAUAAAACGCGGAAUUGAAAGGGUGAUGCUUAGAGUAACCCGCUUUACGCAUGUGAUAGGAGGGAUUCGAAGUUCAUUCCUACGUCACGGAUCGAAGAUCAGUGACGCUGCCGCAUAUGCCAAGGACAGCAAGAUGAGGUGGGCCGGACACGUGAUGCGUUUCAACGACAAUCGUUGGACCAGAGCCGUAAGUGGCUGGAUACCACGCCACUUCAAACGCACCGCAGGAAGACCGAUGGUCAGACCUCUUAACGAAAUCCUUCGAAGGAAAAUACGAUGCUCUUCGACUCUCUCGCGAGAAGAAAUGCCACUGGACAACACUUGCGCGCAAUCAGGACAAAUGGAAGUAUUACCGGUGCCCGCUCGAGCAAAUCGAUGA